GUUCACGUGAUUGGGCCUGGCGAGGGAGUUCGCCUCAGCGCGCGGCGGCUACUUCCGGUGGCGGCUGUCAGGAGGGCUCCCUGCUUCCCUCCCUCCCUUCCUCUCCGCGCCCCGUCCCUUUCCCGAGCGCUGCCUGAGGCGAUGGCGAGCGACGGCGAGAGCGUCCCUGCUGCGGCGGCGGAGGAGCCGGUGUCCGGUCCCGGAGGCUCAGCCUUCGAGGCCGCUGAGGAGGAGGAGGAGCAGGAGGUCUCGGCCCUGGCGGUGCGGCUGCGGCGCCGCCUGAGGGGCUGGGAGCCCACCGUGGCCGCCGUUCAGCGGCUCCUGGUCUGGGAGAGGCCGCCGCAGAGCCUGGCCGGGGCCGCCGCGCUCGGAGCCGCUCUCUGGCUGUUCUCCUCCACUUCAUUGCGUCCCCUGUUCCUCCUCAGCACUGGUCUUAUUGGUGUUCUUCUGCUGGAGAGAUGGAAGCCACAAUUCCUAUUGGAUAUCUCAGCUCAACCCUUGGAAGAACCUGGAGGAGACAGUGAUAGUGAAAUGACAGGAGCACAACCUCAUUUGCUCAGUGUCCCAGAGCUCUGCCGGUGUCUGGCUGAGAGUUGGAUUACAUUCAGGCUGUACCUAUGGGAGCUAUUGCAAUACAAGAGGCAAAACCCUGCCAAGUUCUGUGCGAGGGUCUGCUCAGGAUGUUUGAUCCUAGUAGUAGUGGGACACUAUGUUCCAGGAAUAAUGAUCUCCUACAUUGUCUUGCUCAGUAUCUUGCUGUGGCCACUGGUGGUAUACCAUGAGCUUAUCCAAAGGAUGUAUACCCGCUUGGAGCCUGUCCUCAUGAAACUGGACUACAGCAUGAAGGUGGAGACCUUGCAUCUUAAACAUGAAAAGAAAAAGCGUCAAGGAAAGAGUGAGCCAGAAGCGGGUAAUGAGCCAAUGGCAGAGACGGAAAGCGAGAGUGAGGCAGAACUGUCCGGCUACUCUCCAGUGGUGGAUGUGAAGAAGACAGCUCUGGCAUUGGCAAUCACAGACUCAGAGCUUUCAGAUGAGGAGGCCUCUAUCUUGGAGAGUGGAGGUUUCACCGUCUCUAGAGCAACUACACCACAGCUGACAGAUGUAUCUGAAGAUUUGGAUCAACAAAGCCUGCCCAGUGAGCCUGAAGAGUCCUUCUCCAAGGACAUGGCGGAGUUCCCCUCCGUGGAAGAGUUUCAUUCCAGAGACUUGGGACCACCCAGUGAGGAUGACAAUUUUGCGGUGCCUGCUCAUGCUGCCCAGCAGUUGGACUCUGCUCAGGAAGAAGCGGUGGCAACAGCGGCCCUGAUUUCGGACCCAUCCAUCCUGUGCCUGGCCUCACCCCUCCAUUUUGUAAAUACGCAUUUCAAUGGGAAUGGGCAGGCGGUGGCAGGAGCAGCUCCUGAGCUCCAGGCUGCCUCCUCAAGAGGCCUGGGGCUGCACAUUGAUUCCCUGAGCCAAGAGAUCGUCUCCACUGCUAUCAGUACCGUAGUGCAAAACACCCUGUCAGCCCUGCUCCGCUCCUCUGAGGACAGUGAGGGGCCUUCCCUCUCAGAGUUCCUGCCCACUGAGCCUGAGGAGAGACUCAGUUUCCAGACGCAGCUGUCUGAGAGUGAGGAGGUCGCCGCAGCUUCCCUCGCUGGUGAGGAGGAGGAAGCAGAUGACUUCGAGCUGCUUGAUCAGAGGGAGCUGGAACAGAUGGAUGCAGAGCUGGGCCUGUCUGGAGAAGCCACAGCUCCAGAGGCUUCUCCUCUUCCUCCUGAAGAAGAAUCACCGCCUGGCUCCUAGGUCCUGCUGUUCUCCUGCAUUUGAAUAGCUGCAAGGAAGGACAAAUAAACACGUGGCAGGGUUUGAUCUAUGCUGACAAGAGAUGGCAGAGCAUCUACAUUCACAGUGUUAUGUCUGGAAUAGUGAAUUGUUGCUCCCCAUCCCCUUCUUCUUCCUGUGUUGACCUUCCCAUCAGGUCACUGUGUCCACCCGUGCUUCCUAGUGACAAUGCAGUCUUCUUGUUUGCUGCUGCAGUCUUUUUGUCUUUGUCUUUGUUUUGUUUUUUUGCACACCGCAUCUAGGUAUACCUGCUGCUCAUCCCUCCCCACCCAGGAGGAGGUUGAGUGGUUUUAUUAGAUGGGACGGUUCGGUCUAAAUUGUAAAUAAAAUUAUUAAUACAUUGGUUGUUUAGUUCAAGAAGAAUGAAGAAUUGUUAUAUGGAAAAAUUAGUUGGUGAGAGCUCCCCCUCCCUUUAUAUAGAAACCUGGAUGGGGAAGGGAAACAGUCUCAAAGGAGACAACCAUCAUUUUGCUGUCAGAAUGAGAGGAAAGGGCACACUUGGGCUUUCCGACCCACUUUACACCAUGUAGCAAUACCUUUUUCAGUUUCAAGCAUUGUUUUUCCUUCUCCAUCAUUUUAACCACCUCACCUAAUAUCCUCCCUGUAGAAAUAUGUCUAUGAUAGACCUGGGUUAGGCUUCAGGAGAGGAGAGCCCAGUCGGUUCUGAACGGCAAGUUAGGAUUUUUGAAGCCUCUUUAAUUUACUUUUAAAAAAAUACAACUUAAUUUGAGGUAGUCUGAAAGCUUCCUUUUUUGCAUUCUGCUGCCACUGCACUUUAAAUACAAAAUACUCCUAUUUGUGCUUGUUCUUACCUUGUCCUCAAACCUGACCAAACCAAUCCUGCUUAGUGAUUUACCCUGGGCUGCAUAGAAGCUUUUAUUUCCCUUGGUCUUGUUCCUGGGAGAUGGAAGGAACAACUUGAGAAGAAAUUAUAUGUCCGAGAUAGCAGAAAGAACCCCCAGAGUUUCUGUGGGGCAAGCCCUCUAAUUUCUCCUUCUGCCUCUUUCAAUGUGCUAAAUAUUUCUCCCUUUAUAGUUUUUUUCUCUAGUUAAAGUAGUGUGCCUACUUGUGUUCUCAGGACAUGGGAGGAGUGUUUUGCUGUUAUUACACCAAAGGUGGUUAAUUCCUGUGGAGGGUGCUUCUUGCACAGCUUUACAGUGCUUUUUUUUAAAAAAAUGGAAAUCUAGUUGGAACUACUAAGUAACACAAUCUUUGAAAAUGUGAUUUUAAAAAAUUACACCCAUAAAUUUACGACCAUAUGGUGGUUUUUAUUAUAUAGAAGCAGAUCUCUCUUGCCCAUCCAGAGUGCAUCACAUAGGUGUAUUGCAAGACUAUGUUUUGCUUCUGGCAAUCCCCUCCAGCCAGGUGGAAACAGUUUAUUGUCUGGAAGAGUUUUCCUUUUUGUCUGUUCUCCAGGGAUUGCAGUGUAGGAUAUGGCAGUGAUAUUGCAAACUGAUUUGUGAAUUGCUCAUUAUCUCACUGUGUAAAGUGUUCAGGGAUGGGCACUUCCUGAUGCUCCUGAUUCUCUAAUAAGAGCAAACACAGCUUAGUUUUAUAGAUCUUAACCCUCAACCUGGGAUAGCUUUGCUGCAGACUUCAGUAUUUUAGCUGCACCCAAUAAUAUUUUCCAAACUGUAAGGCUUUCUUUCCUUUGGUCUAUUUCGGAAGACAUUUGUUGUGUUAUUCAGUUCCGGCACCCCAAGAGUAAGUUGGAUUCCUUUUCUUGGUUUCUCAAAUGGAUUUCUUGGAAUCUACUUGUGAUUUUCUUCGCAGGAUUGACUCUUAUUCUGUCCUGUGUUGCCUGAUCCGCAACCUCCCUUGAUCAAAUGUUGUGGAGGUACAGCUGUUAAAAAAACAGCAUCCUCUUAAUGUCUGCACUUUGGAAAUGGGAAGCCGUGUGGCACUGAGUGUGAUGCUUGCCCACCUCUGUUUUAUGUCCUGAGCACAGAUUUUCCCACCUCCUCUUGAUAACCGGAAGUUCUUGUUUUUUCCUUCUGGUAAAGGAGGCAUGUGAUGUAUUGGUAUUUCUCUCUGGAGCACUAAGCACUCCUUCUUUCUUUGGGUGGCAACAGUGCCAUGUUGCUCUGGGACUGGGGCCUCCUAAUGAAGGACUAGAAGAUUGCUGGUGUUACCUAGGAAAGGUGGAGGGCUUUAAACUGUGUAGCAGUGUUUAUUCUAUGGCUAAAUAUUUAAAAAGUAAAAUGUAGUCUUUUAAAUAAAAAAAUGAAAGAUGUGAA